AUGACCGACCUGGGAACCUACACCAAACCCCUAGCCUACCUCGGUCUCUUCACCCUGGGAAAAAUCGCAGUCUCCAUCACCCGCCAAGCAUCAAUUUUCCUCCUCCCAAGUACCCUCCAACGCUACAACCGUACUAAAACAAACUGGGCCCUUGUCACCGGCGCAACGGAUGGAAUAGGGUUCGGCUUCGGUCAGGAGCUCUGCGCGCGCGGUUUCAAUGUGAUCCUACACGGCCGAAACGCCGAGAAGCUCGAGCGCCGUCGUCGCGAACUACAGACGCUGUUCCCCGAAGUCUGUGUUGCUGUACUUGUGCGCGAUGCGCAAAAUUUGACUGCCGAUAUUGAUGAUGUUGAUGCGGAGGUCCGCGAUAUUAUUCGUCGCAGUAAUGAGACUAUCCGAUCCGAGCGUGAUCCCGGCCGGUUAACGGUUCUUAUAAAUAAUGUUGGUGGGGAGAUGAGGCCUUCGACUCUCCUGAAGGAGUAUACCUUUGAGGAUGUGCAGGCAACCAUUUCGCGGAAUGCCACGUUCGCGGUUCAGAUCACCCGUGUUCUGGCGACACAGCUGGAAGAGAAUGCGCCUGGUCUUGUGAUGAAUGUGUCUUCGGUUGCGGCGUUUGGAUUGCCAUAUAUCAGUAUUUACAGCUCGACGAAGGGGUUUGUGGAUUCUUUCACAAAGUCGCUGCGCGCGGAGUUUGCCGCUGAAGGGAAGAAGGUCGAGGUGAUGGGGCUGCGAGUUGCCGAGGUUAAAACCGCUGGGUAUAAUGUGAAGAGUAACUUGUUUGUUCCUGAGGCGAGAGUGCUGGCUGCUGCUGCCUUGGAUCGGGUUGGGGGUGGGCAGGAGAUUGUGUGGGCUUACUUUUGGCAUUGGUUACAGGGUCUGUCAUUUGAGUAUUUACCGCGCUGGAUAUUGAUGAAGAUUACGGCAAUGAAGAUGAAGGAAAUCAGAGUAGAUCUGGACGCUAAGGCGAAGAGCAGCUGA